AUGGCAAAUCUGAGCUACCCAUCUGAAUUUCUCCUCAUGGGCUUCUCCUCUUUUGGUGAGCUGCAAGUUCUGCUAUACGGGCCCUUCCUUGUGCUUUACCUUCUUGCCUUCACAGGAAACACCAUUAUCAUCAUGAUGGUCAUGGCUGAUACCCAUCUACAUUCUCCCAUGUACUUCUUCCUGGGCAAUUUUUCCAUGCUAGAGAUCUUGGUGACCAUGACCACUGUGCCCAGGAUGCUGUCAGACCUGCUGGUCCUCCACAAGGUCAUUUCCUUCACCAGCUGCAUGGUCCAGUUCUACUUCUACUUUUCUCUGGGCUCUACCUCCUUCCUCAUCCUGGCAGACAUGGCCCUUGACCGUUUUGUGGCCAUCUGCCACCCACUGCGCUAUGGCAUGUUGAUGAGCAGGCCUGUAUGUGUCUGGCUGGCAGCGGCUGCUUGGGCAGCUCCUUUCCUUGCCAUGGUACCUACUGUCCUCUCCCGGGCUCAUCUCAAUUACUGCCAUGGCAACAUCAUUAAUCACUUCUUCUGUGACAAUGCUCCUCUGCUGCAGCUUGCCUGCUCAGACACGAGCCUACUGGAAUUCUGGGACUUCAUGAUGGCCUUGGCCUUUGUCCUCAGCUCAUUCCUGGUGACACUUAUCUCCUAUGGCUACAUCGUGAGCACUGUACUACAGAUCCCCUCUGCCAGUGGCCGCCAGAAGGCUUUCUCUACAUGUGGCUCUCACCUCACCCUGGUUUUCCUGGGCUACAGUAGCACCAUCUUCCUGUAUGUUAGACCUGGCAAAGCACACUCUGUGGAAGUCAACAAGAUCGUAGCCUUGGUGACUUCAGUCCUCACCCCAUUUCUCAAUCCCUUUAUCCUUACCUUCCGCAAUGAGCCAGUCAAGGCAGCUAUAAGGGGGCAGAUGCAGAGGUUAAAAGGCCUUCCUAAGGAAAUACGAUGA